CAGUGGGAAUCCCGUUACCGCAGCGCGCCUGCGGACCGCUCUGGUGACUCACUACAACCGGAAACCAUCGGUAACCACCGGACACCAUCGUCCUCUGCUCUGCACCGUACCGACGGAGCACGAACGUCCUGCGCUAGACAAGCGAUAUCCUCUGGUUACCGACGGCAACAAGGAGAGUGCGAACGCGCUCUGGAAGCCCUUGCUGAGGUCACUUCCUGUUUCCAGCAGCUGGCGACAUCCCUGGGGAGCUGCGCAGACGGCCACUUCCUCAGGGAAGAGAUGGAGGACGCAAGAAUUCUCGCACAGCAGCUGUGUGGAGGUGUGUCUGGCCGUCUCCUGCAUGUGAUGUCAGAAUGCGACUCUGGCCCCCAUGAAGACAGACAACUGUGGGAGAGGUUAUGGGUUCACUUCCUGUCAGCCUUGGAGAACCUGCUCCUAUCACUGAGGAAGACAGGUGAUCUGAUUGGCCACUUCCCGCUGAGUCAGCGCUCCGACCGACGUUCACUGGUUCAGACAGGAUGCACGGACGGUGUGGUGGGUUUGGUGCUGCGGUCAGGUGCCAUCCAGACACCCUCGACCAGGGCAGACCUGCCAAACCUGGACCUGACUAGUCACAUGGCGGCGCUGGAGGAGCUGCUAGCAGACAUGCAACGGAGGGUGCCUGUGCCGUUCUGGUCCAUCGAGGCCUCGCAGUUGGCUUGGUCCGAGGCCCAGGGGGACACAGUGGACCACGAGGACACGCUGGAAGACCUCAUGGAAGUGGAGGUGGUCAACUCCCCAACAUGCUGCCCACGGCCCUGCUGUGGACUCCACUGA